GUUGGUAUCCCCGACGUUUGGAUGAAGCUUUUUCGACGAGCCAUUUGUGUGUAGUGAUUGGAGUUAUAGAAUACAAUAGACUUAAAACUUAUUAGUUUGUAAAGGUAAUUGAUUUGUUCCCUUGGUCUGCAAGUUCCAACAUAUUGAUUGAAGAUUGCAGGCUAACUCUGAACAUGGUAGGCACAAGGGUAUAUGUCGGAGGACUUCCAUAUGGUGUCAGGCAGAAGGACCUCGAACGAUUUUUCAAAGGUUAUGGUCGAAUUCGUGAAAUUCUCCUCAAGAAUGGCUAUGGAUUUUGUGAAUUUGAUGAUUACCGUGAUGCUGAUGAUGCUGUGUACGAAUUGAAUGGAAAGGAAUUACUUGGAGAAAGAGUCUCUGUAGAGAAAGCGCGUGGUACACCGCGCGGGAGUGACAUGUGGCGAGAUUGGAGUAGAAGUCGAGGCCCUCCCCCGCGAAGGCGGAGCCGCGAUCGGGCCAAGGAUAUGGAUGUCUAUUAUCAUGACAGGUAUGGACCACCAACAAGAACUGAGUAUCGCUUGAUUGUGGAAAAUCUUUCUAGCAGAAUAAGCUGGCAGGAUCUGAAGGAUUUUAUGAGACAGGCUGGAGAAGUUACAUACGCUGAUGCUCACAAACAGCGUCGAAAUGAAGGGGUGGUAGAGUUUGCGUCAUAUUCUGACAUGAGGAAUGCACUUCAAAAGUUAGAUGACACAGAACUUAAUGGCCGUCGUAUCCGUCUAAUUGAAGAUACACAUUCGAGUAGAGGCAGACGGUCCCGUUCGUCUAGUUCGCGGUCUAGGUCUCCUUCUCGCUCCAGAUCACGUCGUCGCAGCAGGACUCGUUCUAGAUCCAGGAGCCGUGGUAGUCGUUCAAGGAGUCAUUCUAAAUCGAAGUCUGUUGGUCGUUACAAAUCGCCAUCUCGUUCAAAGUCAAGAUCACGAUCAAAAUCAAAGUCCCGGUCAAAGUCAAGAUCACGCUCAAAAUCGGAGGAGCGGUUUGAUGUAAAGGCAAAAUCGCGGUCACCUUCAAGCUCGGGGUCUCGUUCAGAGACUAGACAGAGAUCCAAAUCAAGAUCUUUAUCAAGACCAGAGAUGGAGGAGAUGGAUGGUGAGUCUGGUGAGAAAUCUCCUUCAAGAUCACCCAGCAGGGAUGGGAGCAAAUCGCCUAAGUCCACCCGUGGGUCUGAAUCCCCCAAGAGAAGUGGUUCAGAGUCACCUGAUGAAAAAGCCGAUGAUGAGUAAGAGUUCAUUGCUGGUGUUCUCUUGUGGAGGAUGACAGUGCAGAUAGAGACUGUAAAUUUAUAUUCAGUAUUGGAUAUUGAAAAUCUGAAUAUUCCAGAAAAAAUUCCGCCUGUGAAAAUAAAGUUCCAGUGAGUGUUGUGCAAGUACACACAGGGGAAGGUAAUUAAAACAAAAAUGACUUUAGGUAACCCUGGCGUGAGUGCUGUACACAAAAGGGUACAAAAUGUUGUGGUGUUUCUUGUGUAGUAUGUGAGCUCUGAACUGUUUCAAAGUUUGGCGUUCAGAAUUUCCCACUGCAAGUAAAUAUUCAUCAUGCAAGAGUGAAAAGUGUUUUUACACAUCUAAUUAAGUGGUUUGUAAAAAUGACUUUUAAAAACCAGGAUAGCCAGAAACAAUUCCUUUCGUGUAAGCCCGAUCUUAAUGCUAAAAGAGAGAGAGAGAGAGAGAGAGAAUUUUAAAAUAGAUUGUAUACUGCUUGGUCCUUUGCCCUGUUAUGUGUGAGCCCAAAAUAACUAAUUCUAGAAGCAUUCAACAUUAAAACAUUUACCUACUUUCUAAGUACAGGAAAAAAUGUGCUGCAAGAAUAGCACUAUACAGGGUGUUUCAAAAUGAACAUACUGAUUUUAAGGCGUUGUAGCAUUUAUUACGUUCAACUUACAGUUGUGAAUAAUACACAAAAUGAAAGAGCAACUCCCAAACAGUUUUGUUUGUACACCUGUGCGCAAUGGGAAGAGUAUGGAAUGACAGAGUGACUGAAAAACGUGUUGAACGAGUGCGAGACUUUCACACUUAGCCCCAAGCAAUAUCACUGCGGAAAGUUUAUGGGUGGCGAAUCAACUGUAACUGAUGUUUCUUAUCUUGAUGUGCUACAGCUAUGACCCGUGCCUCAAUGGGAAGAAGCAGAACAACACAUCUUUGUUUGGGAGCAAGAUGGUGCGCCGCCUCACUGGUAUAACUCAGUAUGCGACUGAUUAAACAAUGUUUUAUCAGACUGGUGGACUGGGUGAAAGAGGCCAGUUGACACAGCAUUUUUAUGCAUGACCUUCAUGUUCACACACGUGUUCACGAGUAUGUACCUCCGAUACCAGCUGGUCUAUCCGAUGUUAGACACAGUGUUAUCGCGACACUUACUCCUGACACAUUGACCAAGGUAUCUGAACAACUUGCCUAUCGACUCGAUAUGUGAUUGGUGCUCACACUGAGUAAUUGUAAGAAAAACUUUUUGUGUUUCUCUUUCAUUUGGUGUAUUAUUUAUAAUUGUAAGGUGAACGUAAUACGUGCUACAAAGCCUUAAAACCUGUAUAUUCAUUUUGAAACACCCUGUACUAUUAGAAUUGGUUUGCUGGACACUUCAUAGUGUUAAAAUAUUUCCCAGUGCUGAAAUACUGCUACAGAGUAUGCUACCUUUAUAAUUGCCAUGAGACAGAUAUUAGGUCGUAAACAGUUUUUUUAUAGGGUUAAAGUACCUCGUUCACUUUGCCAUUGAUAUUGCAGCAAGUCAAGUGGUAGGGGUUAUCCACCAUCCAAUUGUAGUUCUUUCUCGAGUGCCCCAUGCUCGCUAUACUUGAAAAAAUAGAACACAAUUUAACCUCUGUACCUGUGGCCUCAUUUCUGUUUUCUGGCAUAUUCUUCUCAUGGCCAACUGGUGAAUGUUAGAAUGUAGUUUACUGUUCCAGAAAAUUGUAUAUAAUAAUGAAAUUUACACAUUGACUAGUGUAUUUGGCCACUGGAGUAUCUUGUAUACUAUGUGUGUGCUGCAAAACAAUUUGGUGUUGGUUAUCAUGAAGUUAGUCUUACAAUCCAAAGACAUCACUGUAUCAUAUUUCUAUGUUUGUUUGCUACCUUGAAUUUUAAAACUUACACUGAAUGUAGACAUUACAUGUUUUGAUGUAAGCAGUAUUACCACAGAAUGAAAGUUUUGAGCCCAAGCAUUUGUGCUUUAAGCUGUAGGAAAUUCAUUGUUCAAAGGUCCAAGCAUUAUAGAAAUGUCAAAUUCUUAGAAACAAGUUGUGCUGUGUGUGUUAUUUUUUGAAAAUGUCUGUAAUCAUACAAAAUCUGUGUGUGUAAUGUUAAUAGUUAACAUUUUCCAACAUCAACAUUAUGUUGAAUACUAAGACAGUGAUAGAGAUGACUGACUGUAGUCUGGUGUCUAAUUUUAAUUACUUAAUGAAAAUCAUGAAGUUCGAUUACAUAGUGUCUCAUACUGGUAUGCAAUUUGAUAUUUUAAAGUUAUGACUUAGACAGCUUCUUGAGUAAAUGUUGUUUGUACAGGCAAAGGUGAAUAAAAUUUUACAGCAGCAGCAGAACUCUUACAGUGUGGAAUUAAGAUACGUGUUUUUGGAAGUGACAAAACAAUGUAAAAGUGAGAAAUUUAGCCACUGGUAGCUACACAUAGUCCGGUGUUAGUUGACUUUGACACUAUGUGUUUGUGUGGACAGAUAGAGACUGCAUAGUUUUUCAGUCAAGAAGUUAAAGUUCUCCGAUGUUACAUGUGAAUGAAUCCCCUUACUGCAUUGUAAGUGUCAGACAUAAAAGUGCUAAAACGAAAGAUAGAGAUUGAUUGAAUGUGGUGAUAUAUUCUUGUAAAAAGUUUUUGUGUCUGAACUUUUGGACUUGAUUUCAUGAGACUGUGAUGUGACUGAUGUCAGGGUCAUUUGACUAUUGCAUAUGAAGAGAAUUAUGUUACAACAGAAGUGAGAAAUUAGUACUCAUAAACUUGAUCUCACUGCAGAAUUACAGGCCUGUACUUUAGUAUUGCAUUGUGAAGAUUGUUUAAAUUGGAUCCAAUGUAUUUCCAAAACAUUACUUUACAGUGAGUCAAGAUUGAAGUUUGUGGAAUAUUGCUGCUUAUGGAGUGCAGUGUGUAGAUUUAAAAUUGUGGAGUUACGCUGUAACUCUUAAGUUGUGAAAGAAGAAACCUGUCAGUGAAGUUUAACUGGUGUUAUAUACUCAUUUGUUUCCUGUAAGAAUAAUAAUAAUGGAAGUUGACUUUCCAGAUGUUUAAGUUAAAAAUUGAAAGAGAUCACUAAAUUUACAAUCAAAUUGAUUGUAUACUUAGAAUAGGAAACUGAUCAGUAAAUUAGAGCUUCAAUUGAGGUGUGAAAAUUUAGUGUAUUUUUGUGGAAUUGGUUGAAGACGUUGUUGGGAAGGUGACACCUUCUCCAAACCAUCUGCAGGGGUCUCAUUUAUUAGAAAAUUCAGAUAUUGCACCUAUUACAUGAAAGGAGCAACUUUAAAGAAAUGAAGGUGCAGUUUCUGCUAUUGCAUUUAAUGACUAGUGUAUCUUCCAUGUUACACAGUGUUGUAACAUUAGAUGUUUUGUAUCCUACAACUGUGAUGAGUGGUGGUGUUUGUUCAGAAAUCUGUUACUUUCAAAGAUCUGCUACCUGGUAUUAAAAAAAAAGGCAAGUUCCAACUACAAGGCCCUUGAUUGAUACAUUGUCUCUAGUAUAGCAGUCAUUCAUUUCAUCCCUCCUCCACACACCUAUUCCCCCACAUUCAUCCCCUCCUUUCAGUUCCUCCGUAAACCCUCCUCCCCACCCUCUCCAAUAUUCUGCCACACUCGUCCUCCAUUACACACUCAGCUUCCAUGUUAAGGCAGCAAGGCAGUAUUUUUCUGUUACAUUUAGGACAUAGUAGUGAUUAUAACAACUAAGAAACUGAGAUGACGUUUAUGCGAGGUUUUAACACAGUUGUAACAUUGCCACAGCUACAAUUAAUGCACUGAAUAACAAUAAUGGUCAUAACACAUGUUUGAUGUACAGAUUUAACUAAACUUUUCUUCAGGAUCUGGCCUUCCUUUGUCAAUAGUUAAUAGUUCAUUGUAGUCAAUCUGAAAUAUUUGCAUUUAAAUUUGAGGCAGUCUCCUAAGUUUAUGCCAUCCAAUGGGGACCAUUGUUUAACUUUAGGAGGCACACUGGCAUGAGCACAGUAGUUCAGUUGUGCCAUGGGCCUUCUUUCAUGUGAAAUCUUAGUCAGACCUAGGAUUUGGAUGUGUAACAACUCAGUAAAAUGUACCACAUAGUUCCGUAUUUAAAGCCAUACCUCCCUUUCAGUUUUAUGUUGUAUAAAUUUGCAGUCCAGUUCAGGCGACAAGGGAAAAUAUACAAAAAAAGCAAAUUCCAACUACAAACAAGGCCCUUGAUUGAUACAUUGUCUCUAGUAUAGCAUUAUAUAGCUCUGUAUAAAGUUAAAUAGCUCAAGACUGGGUGUAACCUAUUUCACAGCAAGAUUUAGUGCAGGACUCAGUUAUGCAAUGGAAGUUAACAAACAAUAAAGUCAGACUGGUACGUGAACCCUGACUCUUCCCUUUCGUGGGUAGUAGUCAUAGUGAGUCAGCUAUCCAAACAUGACCUAUGAUCCAACUGGAAAGUAUGAACUAGCAGUAGCUUUGUUUUACUUCCCAAAUUCUUUAGACAGUCUCUUGUAUGCCUUGCUCGGCUAGCACCUCUGGGAGAAAGGAACUGAGAGGCACUAUUAGAUCAUCGUUCCUGGAUGCAUUGAGUGUCAUCUGUUAAUAUCUCAGUAAGAGCAUUGCUCAUGAAAGCUGGGAGUCUGGGCUGAAGUUUGUCUAGAUCACAGUUCAAUGUUGGGAAGCCUUAUAACUGUAUAUAUUCAGCUGCAGAGUGAAAAUUAAUCCAGGAAAUUUCACAAUGUAUGUUAUAGAGUAAUAUUGACCUUUUUGUGAAAGCUGGAAAGUAACUACUGAACAGAAAAGCUCAGAAAUCCAAGAUGACUGGUACAUACCUAAAUUGAACAGAUAUGGGCAUCUACCAUAAUAUGUUAUAGACAGACGUGUGUUAUGACCAAUAUGCGUAAUGGCAAAUAGAAAAUGUUCCUCAUCCAUUAUCUCUCUUUGCCAGUUACUAAUUUACCCCAUUAAAACACCUUAAUUACCAGAAUGAGAUUUUCACUCUGCAGCGGAGUGAAAAUCUCAUUCUGGAAACAUCCGCCAGGCUGUGGCUAAGCCAUGUCUCCGCUAUAUCCUUUCUUUCAGGAGUGCUAGUUCUGCAAGGUUCGCAGGAGAGCUUCUGUAAAGUUUGGAAGGUAGGAGACGAGAUACUGGCAGAAGUAAAGCUGUGAGUACCGGGCGUGAGUCGUGCUUCGAUAGCUCAGAUGGUAGAGCACUUGCCCGCGAAAGGCAAAGGUCCCGAGUUCGAGUCUCGGUUGGGCACACAGUUUUAAUCUGCCAGGAAGUUUCACCUUAAUUACCAUUUAUCCCUGUACCUCUGCAUUAACUUAACAUGCAAUCCUUUGGGUUUCUGUCCGUGUUGCACAAUUACCAUUCAUGUGUUUGUUUUAAUGAGACUGUGAACUCGUGAGCAUUGUUGUACUUCGUAUUCACUUGAAAAUCCUUUAUUUUUUUUCUUAGAAAUCGUCUAUUAAUAUGAUUAAGCAGGUCUUGUCUGUACUGUCAAUACAGCAUCACUAAUUUGAUUUAAAAAAUUGAGCAGUUGUGCUGGAAAAGUUGGUAGUAAGUUACAAAUUUCCUUUGUUAUACAUCAUUUUAUGGCUGCAUUUCAUACAUUUACUCCUCUGCCAUAGAGUGAGGAUAGCUUAUUCUUCCCAAAUUUUCCAUGGAGGUGGGAAUUAAAUGAGAAACCUUUCAUAUGUCAAGUUACUUGCCAUAUCUCAAACUUAUAUUUGUUUGAGACAGACCUAUAAUUACUGUGAAUUAUAUUGUUUGUUGGGAUUAUUACUUUCAUGAAGACUGGUGUUUCUGACAAGAAGAAUUAAGUUAAUUGUGAAAGUGUUCCUGAUUUAGCAGUACUUUGUUGACUUUAUUUAUUGUUUCAAUUUAAGUUUUAAAUUUAAGAAAUUACAUAUGUCCCUGACUUAGGGUGGGCAUAAUUUAUUAUUGUCGGGAAUUUAUGAUGUCUGGAAGUAUCCAAAAAAUUAUGGAAUAAUCAUCACAUGUGGUCUUAUUCUGUCUUAAAAGUUUCACAAUACAUUAAAAAGGAUAUGCUUCUGAUAAUUUUGACAGAGUACAAUUCUUAAGAGAGGAUUUUCAGCUAUUACUGAUGAGUUUAUCUUAGAAAUGAAAAUUUAGUAAAAUCUGAAUUGAUGUCCGUUAAUGUGCUUGCUUCAUAAGGACAUAGCUUUUUGAAAACAUAAACUAUUAGAUUACUGUCCAAAUGAUGUGGUAAGAGUCUAUCUAAAUGAUGUGGUAAUAAUUUAGUCACUUCAGACACAAAUUAAUGUAACUAAUCGUUGAGAGCAAAAAUUGAAUGGUCAAGUGUUAAAAGCUUAAAGUAUAUUUAACUUGCUUGAUAUGGUACGUAUCUGAGCAGGUCGCGAUAAAGCUGAUACGAAGAAAAUUAUUGUGCUUUAGUAAGAAAGGAGCUACCAAAAUGGAUGUGUACCCUAAGUUGGGGAUUGCCUGUAAUUUCAUUAAGGUAAAAACUGUUGACCCAAAGUUUUAACUAGAGACUUAGAAGUAAUGAGGUAACAAUAGACUGUGAAUGUGCAGGGCACAGAAGUGAACAUGGCAUUGCAGUAAUGGUGAUAAGUGUGUGAUGUGUAGAUAUGUCUGUGUGAAAUUUUGUAACUGAAUUUGUGUAACUUUUACAUCUUUGAAUUCCUUUUUAAAGUUCUUAUUGUUAUAGAUGUUUCUUGUGUUAGAAAUGCUGCUGGUGUCUGAGCUGAGUGUGUCCAGAACAUUGUAGCAAGUGUCUCAAUAAAUUAUCGAUGGAAAAAUUAA